AUGGACGGGGCCGCCCACGUCGCCGGUGACUCCCCGGAGGCCGACAGGGCCUCCUCCUCCGCGUCCUCGACCGACUCAGCCUCCCAGUGCUCCCGACCGCGGAAGGGGAUUCAUUGCGGCGGCGGCGGCGACUGUUCUUCGCUCGGAGAGGAGAGGGCGGCGAAGGCGAUGGCAAGGGCGCCGAUGACGACGUGCAGGACCUCGCACUGUCGCCGGGGAUGUCCUUCGCGGUGGUUCUUGCCCAGCCAGAGGCUCAACAUCAGGGGCCGCGUCUACCCGGCGAUGCUAACUGUCGAUGGCAACAAAGUCCCUAGAAAGGCGGUCACUGAUGGGGAGUUCGAUGUGCUGGACACAUUUGAAGAUGAAGAGUAUGUGAGGGAAGCUGUUGGCAUCUCACUGACCGAUUCGGCAGAUACAAUGAUGGCCUAUGCAUACAUAUGGGGGAAUGUAGAUGAUCCUGACCUCUAUAGUGAAUGGGAUUUUGACGUCGACGGCCCUGCCGACGCGAGGGAUCUCGGGUCGCCGUCGCCCUUUUGGAGCUCCCUCUCCUUCCUGCCUUCUUACCGUGGUGCCAGGGACCAACGGCCGGACACCAGCACGAUGGAGCUAUUGUGCUGCUGCCUCAGGUCGUCCAGGCUCGUCCUCGGUCCCAGCCACCCAUCAUCAAGAUCCUAUGUCCUCUGUCCUUUUUUCCGAUUGAUGUUUACAUGGGUGCUGCUGGCCAUUGCCCCCUUGCCCCCUGGCCAGCAGGGUCGUCCAUGA